GGAGUAAUAAAUAUCUGGAUUUCACAACAUCCACAACAAUGCCUCCACGAUUGAACUUUCACAGCGCAAGCAGGUCACUGACCGUUCGACCACGAACAAUUGUCGCACCUCGAAAUCCUGCUUUCUUCAAAAUCGCCCCGGCAAUUCGUCGAGGUUUCGCAGAGGGGAAGCAACCUCCAAGAAAUGGAUCUGAUGAAGAUGUAGCCGGCCACGUCAGUGAAGAGGCAAGAGACAUGGCUGAAAUUACUGGAGAGACUCCUCCUGACAUGGGAAAGAGUACAAAUGUUCAAGAUAUUCUUAAGAGAGACCAAGAAGGAAAGGACAAGGCUCCAGAAGUGAUCAAAGAAGAUAUCAAAGAUACGCAAUCCGCGUCUGCCCUCUCCCAGGAAAUCUCCUUUGCCAAUCUCAUGGCUCUUGGCCGUCUCGGUCAUUUGGAAAACGGCGCGAAUGCCUCUGAUCUUACAAUCGAUGGUCACAAGUUUGGACUCCCAGAGCUACCGAUUCCUUCGAACAACAACCUCAAAUAUAGAUAUGAUCCCGUCGUUUCGCAGGUUACGAACAUGAUGAUGCAGCAUGGCAAGAAGAGCGUUGCCCAGAGGAACAUGUCAUUCAUACUGAACCAUCUCCGAACCGCCUCCCCGCCAACACCCAACCCCGCCAAACCCCUCCUCCCGGGCACACCCCCACCAUCCCACCUCCCUCUAAAUCCCGUUCUCUAUCUUACUACCGCUAUCGACUCCAUAGCUCCUCUCCUACGUAUCCGUUCUCAGAAAGGUGCCGCAGGUGGUGGAGCUUCUCUUCAAAUUCCCGUGCCCUUGGGCGUGAGGCAGAGGAGAAGACAAGCAAUCAAAUGGAUAUUAGAUUCGGCCAGCAAGAAACAAUCGAGGAGUAGUGGGCGUGGAAUGUUCGCACAAAGGUUUGCUGAGGAGAUUAUCAGUGUGGUAGAGGGCAAGAGUUCAGUUUGGGAAAAGAGGAACUUGGUACAUAAGACUGGUACGAGCGCGAGAGCAAAUUUGACCUUUUAUUCCAGAAGGAAAAGGUAAUAGGUUAUCAGAUUGGGCACGGCACAGGAUACGGAUGUGGGAAUGGGUACAUUUGGUGCGGUGGGGUUGUAAAAUUAUUGUAUUAUGACAUCGAAAAAAUGGUACAUGGCUACAUGAUACUUGCUGAUGCAUAUGAUAUCAAAAUCUAUCCAUACAUUUGCGGCUUUUGUCGUAUCGACUUACCUCUUUCCCCAACCUGGUCAUUUUUAACCCUCACAUCUUCUUCUCACUUCAUAACAAGUCGAUAAAAUGAUUUCAUUCUGCAAGUCUUGCGAUCUAAUAUCGUUUUCUUCUUUUCUUUUCUUUUCUUUUA